AUUGGUUCCGCCGUUUCCACCCGGAAGUUCCUAGACGCGACACAAGUGCACAGCAGCAUUCAGGCUAGAUUUGUUGCUAGCCACAGUGGACCAGCUGAAAUUUCACGGGAUGCGUGUGUAGAUGACAAUUUUACCUGCUCGUUACCCCACCUCUCCGAAGAUGUGUCGCUAAAUAAUGCGCUAACAUUGCAUCUACAGUGAGUUUGAGACUCUCUUGUCAUCCCGGUCGUCAUGGAGAAGCCAUGGAGGUUAUGGGGGGCACUGGAGGCGUGUUUGCUGACCCUUUGCGCGUGGUCUUGGGGAGCCUGUCGCCUCUCUCUGCUUGCCCUCAUUCUGACCUUCCACCUGUAUGGGGGCUUCAUACUGCUGGGACUCAUUUUGGCAUCUGUGGCAGGAAUCCUGUACAAGUUCCAGGACGUGCUGCUUUACUUUCCCGAUCAGCCCUCGUCCUCGCGCCUUUACGUUCCCAUGCCGACGGGAAUCCCGCACGAGAACGUGUACGUCCGCACUAAGGACGGCGUGCGGCUCAACCUCAUCCUGCUCCGUUACACCGGUGAAAACCCUGCUUCCGCCCCAACCAUUUUGUAUUUCCAUGGCAACGCAGGGAACAUCGGCCAUCGUGUGCCUAACGCCCUACUUAUGCUGGUUAACCUAAAAUCCAACGUGGUUCUGGUGGACUACAGAGGCUAUGGAAAAAGCGACGGAGAGCCUAGCGAGGAGGGACUUUACCAGGACGCCGAGGCCACGUUGGAUUACAUCAUGACCCGGCCGGACAUCGACAAGACGAAAGUGGUUCUGUUCGGACGGUCGUUGGGAGGUGCGGUAGCUAUCCGUCUGGCUUCGGGCAAUCCUCACAGAGUGGCCGCCAUCAUGGUGGAGAACACUUUCCUGAGCAUCCCGCACAUGGCGGCCACCCUAUUUUCGUUCUUUCCCAUGCGCUACCUGCCUCUGUGGUGCUACAAGAACAAGUUCCUGUCCCAUAGACAUGUGACAGGGUGCCGUAUGCCGUCUCUCUUUAUCUCGGGCUUAUCAGACCAACUCAUCCCCCCUGUAAUGAUGAAACAGCUGUACGAAUUGUCUCCGUCUCGGACUAAACGCCUUGGAAUCUUUCCGGAGGGUACGCACAAUGACACCUGGCAGUGCCAAGGUUAUUUCGCAGCUCUGGAGCAGUUUAUGAAGGAACUGCUUAAAAACCACGCCAGAGAAGAGACGGCCCAGGGUGCGGUUAAUGUCACUAUUAUAUAAAAAAAUAACUGCUAUACAUCGAAAUCCUUUUAGAAUGUACAAGUUAUGCUUUUUGUUUAUUCUCUUUUUCCAACUCCUUAUGCUUUUUCUUUUCAUUGAUCUCACACACAACAAGAAUUUAUUAUUUACUAUUUAAAUUAUGUCCUAAAGGAGGCCACCGAACGUCAUUGGGAUUUUUGAAUGCAUCGAUUUAAUGACUUUUUACUUUUUUGUUAUUUACAUGCAAAUGCAGACACAUCGACUAACAAGUGUAUACACGAUGUCCCCACCAACUGCAACUUUAAAAAAUUAAAAUUCGAUGAAUUUGGCUAUAUGUAUACAUUGUGUAGAUUAUUCUGGUAACGCUUUACAGUAAGGUUGUAUACUUUAAUGCAUAUGAACAGCAACGGCAUUUAUCAAUCUGGGUUUAUUGUUAAAGGGAUAGUUUACCCAAAAACGAAAAGUCUGCCAUUUAUUCACCUUCAUGUUGUUACAAACUUGUAUAAUGAACACUAAGCAAGAUGUUUGUAUUCAAGCAGGACGCAGGAGCACCAUUGACCUCCAUAGAAAGGAAAAAUAAUACUAUGGAAGUCGGUGGUAAACAUUGCUCAAAAUAUUUCCUUUAUGUUUAGCUGAACAAAGAUUUUAUACAGGUUUGUAAAAACUUGAGGCAGAAUUUUCAUUUUUUUUUUAUUGUCAGUUCAUGACUCCUUAAAUAAUAAUGUAAACAAAAAAUAUAUGCACAUUAGACAAAGUCAAUAAAUGCUGUAUUGUUCAUUCAGUUAAGCUGUUAUGUAUACAGCCACAUUGUGAAGUGUUACAAUUUUGACUUUUAUUGUUUAUGUGAAACAGAACCGAGGGCUCAGUUAUACUUUAAAAUCAUUUUUGCCUUUCAAAUGCCAGUGAAUACAGUCAUGGAUCAGGGGCAACUGAUCCCAAUCAUCUUCGUCUACCGCAUUUCACUCAUUCAAGUUUACUGUAGUCGUCUGUCAUAGAGAUUUAUUUCUAUCACAGCCUUCUUUUAACAGAAGGUUUAAAAUCCACUCAGGAAAUCGGCUCAUUGUGAUUCAAUCCCGUGUUUUGUAUUUGCAUGUCGAGCUGUGUUUGAGAAGUGUAGAUGUGGGCUGAAGCACACUGUGAGCGCUGAACAAAAAUACCAUUGCAAAAAGCCGAAAGUAUCUUUUUUCCUCUGUCUCUCAGGCUUUGUGAUCUUUUAACAGAACGAGUGAAAUCGCACACAACAGCUGCUUGACAGUGAUCCAAGCACAGUCCAUUUGCACAGGUUGUAAAUUAAACUUUUCCCUUAUUUUAAUCAGGACAAGUGCUUAUCAUCAAAUCUCUGCCGAUGACCUGUUUUAUUUGGAUCAUGUUGGAAUGACUGCCCAUUUGUCUCAACAAAUUAAUUUGUUUUUUUUUCCUAAAAGAAAACGAAAAGUUAAUGGUAAAAAUAAUGCUGCCAUUAUUUUAACCUUCCAGCUCACAGAGUAAAUUGUAAACAAUGAUGAAUGAUAAAUGUUAAUUUAAUUAAACUAAUUUUAUUCUUAACAGUAGCCCUUAAAGGAUUAGUCCAUUUUCUUAAAAGAAAAAUCCAGAUAAUUUACUCACCACCAUGUCAUCCAAAAUGUUGAUGUCUUUCUUUGUUCAGUCGAGAAGAAAUUAUGUUUUUUGAGGAAAACAUUGCAGGAUUUUUCUCAUUUUAAUGGACUUUAAUAGACACCAACACUUAACACUUAACUAAACACGUAACAGUUUUUUUCAACUGAGUUUCAAAGGACUCUAAACGAUCCCAAACGAGGCAUUAGGGUCUUAUCUAGCGAAACGAUUGUCAUUUUUGACAAGAAAAAUAAAAAAUAUGCACUUUUAAACCACAACUUUU